AUGUCUCGUACUCUAGAACGUGAAGAACCAAACUAUUUUGGUGCAGGUCCAGCUGCACUACCUACCUCAGUUUUACAACAAGCUGCGUAUGAUCUUGUGAAUUAUAACGGUAUUGGCUUAGGUAUUGGUGAAAUUUCACAUCGUUCAGGUCCAGCUGGUGAAGUUAUUGACAACACCAAGGCCAAUUUCAAGAAAUUAUUGGAUAUCCCAGAUACUCAUGAAGUCUUCUUCUUGCAAGGUGGUGGUACUACCGGGUUUUCAUCUGUUGCUACCAAUUUGUUAGCUUCUUUUGUGAAGAAAACUGGUCAUAAAGGUAAAGGUGCCUAUGCUAUAACGGGAUCAUGGAGUAAAAAAGCACAUGAAGAAGCUUCAAGAUUAGGUGUUGAAACUCAAGUUUUAACCGACUCUAAAAAAGCUUAUGGUGCAUUUGGUAAAAUCCAACCAGUCAGUGAAUGGGUCAAACCAGAUCCAAAAGAAACUGCAUAUGUUUAUUUCUGUGACAACGAAACUGUUAAUGGUGUCGAAUUCAAAGAUGUUCCACAAUUUGAAGGUAUUGAAAUUGCUGCUGAUAUGUCUUCAAACUUUUUAUCACGUAAGAUUGAUGUCAGUAAAUAUGGCUUAAUUUUGGCUGGUGCUCAAAAAAAUGUUGGUUUAGCUGGGCUAACAGUUUACAUUAUUAAAAAAACUUUAUUAGAACAAGCCUCAGAUGAUGAAUUAAAAGCUCUUAAUGCUCCAUUAUCUCCAAUUGCCUUCCAUUACCCAACUGUUGUCAAGAAUAACAGUGCUUACAACACCAUUCCUAUUUUCACUUUACACAUCUUAAACUUGGUUUUAGAAAACUUGAUUGAAGCUGGAGGAUUAAAAGCUCAACAAGAAAUCAAUGAGCGUAAAGCUAAAAAAUUAUAUGACGCUUUAGAUGCUUACCCAGAAUUAUACAAUUUACCAGUUGAUAAAACUGUUAGAAGUAAUAUGAAUGUUGUCUUUACAAUUAAUGGUGAAGGUCUAGAAGCUAAAUUCUUGAAAGAAUCCACUGAAAAGAACUUGACUGGUUUGAAAGGUCAUCGUUCAGUUGGUGGUAUGCGUGCCUCUUUAUACAAUGCCGUUAGUGAACGUUCUGUUGAUUUAUUAGUUGAUUUUGUUAAAGAAUUUGCUGAAGCCAAUAAAUAG